AAAGAAACGAGAAAGCUGGCAGUACGCCACAAGUUGAUCCCGGGCCAGUGAGUCGUUGGCUUAGCGCUCAACUUCGCUCUCUCAUCCAUGUUGUUCCUUCAGCUGACCAGCACGUACUGAACGGCCUUUGAAGGAAAGCAUUCGAUAUUCAACGGCACACUUGACAAUUGCUUGACAGCACUGUGAUUUUGCUGUGAUUUUGACAGCAUGCAUGCACGACUGAGCACAGCCCGCCCAGAAUCGAUGAACAUGCACAGGACACAUUGCUUCCUCAAUCUUUUCCUCUUCCAUUACCCUCAAUAAUGGCUUCAGGUCGCUUCUUCGAAGGCGCAUCCCAUAUGCAACUUCAUGGGGGCCAGUCGUUUGCAAAUGCAAAUACAAUCAUUAACAAGUACUACAACUAUCCAGCGGCACGCGCGGAACCUGAGCCUGGAUUGUCGAGCUGCCGGAGGGAGGACGACCAGUGGCUUAUCUUGCGUGGCGGACAACGGCUCAGACGGAUAGACAUGGGCGAUUUACUCAUCCUACGCGAAGUAUCCUCGGAGAUGCUUUGUGUGUCGGUCAAAUUGAAGUCCACGAACCCAUUUCGAAACAGAAUGAGAGGUGUUGUGAAAAUCAGGAAAAGGAUCCAAAGCGCCAGAAUUAUUCCUGGGUUUGGAGAUCAACGCUUUUCAGUCGUUUCGCUUGAACCUGAGGAUGACGGAGAUGUCGAGAAGAUAUGGACGGUAUUAGAACCAAUCUAUGAAAUUGCUCUGUCUCGACGUCGUGUCUGGCUUACCCAACUCUUCGGAGUGGGUCGGUCAAUGGUACCAACACUGAUAUACCAUGAUGAGGUGGUCGGUGGGGAUACUAUAUUUAACCAAUACAACAACAAGAUUGUGCCGGUUGUAUUCUUCUACCUGGCCUACAGACUCGUCCAUUCAUUUAUCGAGGUACAUGAUGACGGAACUCUGCAGAAGUUGUCAAUUCCGCUUUCGAUCGAAUCUUGCGAUUGGACAUUCAAUCUGAGAACUCUUUCGUUUCAGUACGACCUCAUAACCAUGGCACCCUCCGACGAAGACGAUCCUCAAGUGGCCUACCGUGAUCGCCUUCUCCCACCUCCACGCGAUUGCAAUCCACCGCUUGAUUCCGUAGAGAUCAUCCGCUCUCUUCCAAACUUUCUGCAGAUAGUUUCAUCCGGUGGAGAUCACUGUAUAAGGACCAAAUCUUUCCACUACCAUGACAUUCUAACGUUUGGCACUGUUGUUGACCCAACAAAACCCGGAGUCCUUGCGUACUUUCCUUCGAUCUCGACUCCUGUGUGGUCCUGUGAACCUUGUAGAUACGGUACUCCUGACAUCACGCCCAAGUGUUCGAAAUCAGUCCGCUCGCUAGUUGACCUUACUUUCGUGAAGGCCAACGACAAAUGGGAUAUGAAUAUUCGGUUUUCAUUACGACUACCACCAGAGGACUGCCGGCGACUCCGGAAUGCCUACCUCGUGCAGUCAUUCCCUUUCUUCCAAGAUCAUGUCAUUGACGAUCUCGAUGAUUUGGUCUUCUUUGAUGAGCUUGGCCUCAAACUCACCGGGACCUUCAUGUUUGAUCCGUCAAGUUGCGAUCCACCAAUAUACCUACAUGUCCCGCCUCUUUCCACCGAAUGGAUCGACAAUAUGCACUGCCUUCGCUGGCCAUUGAAAAAUCGAUUGUUUUACUGGUCAUUUGACCGUAGAGGGAGGAUGGAAAUUGCACAAGAGGAGUGGGCUCGGUAUAGAAUCCCAAACCUGAAAGUAAAGACAUGCUUAGGCUCAACGUGGGUAGAGCCGGAGUAUGAGGCAGUACAGGAAUAUCUCCGCUGUAAUAACUAUGACUUGGGCGGUCAACAAUUCGCCAACGAUCAUGGGUAUCCGAUCCUAGUCAAAGGUGACCCUCACAUACGGCGGAAAUCAAACUUCGAGGCGCGGUAUUUAUAUCAUGGCUACCGUGGCAGGCGAAAAAUGAAUAUGCCAAUCGAAGGCUCAUCUGGAAAGGAAGGGAAGAGUAAACAAACAGCCCACAAACCGAAUUUGCAAAUCGAUCUUGAAGCUGAUCCUGCUGGGCAAGCAGCCAUAGUCGAAAUUCCAGAUCGAUAGCAUGUACGUAUAUUCCAGUAGGUUCGUAGCGGAGUGAUUAGAUCAAGACUUUUCUUUCC